AUGGUUUCAAAUACGAAAAAAGAAAAAAGUUCAAAACAAUACAAACAUCGUAGUGAUCAUGAUCGUGUUGAAAAAAUUCGAGAACGUGAACGUCGUUCACCAUCUAAUGAUGAUAAAUCUCGAUCACCAACACCAACAAAAUCAAAUACAAACGAUCCAUCAAAUGGUACACGUGAAGGCACUGAACGUACAUCAUUGUCAAUCGACGAAACAAAUAAGUUACGUAUUUCAAUUGGUCUUAAACCAUUAAUAAUUGAUGAUCAUACAACCACAGAUUCAGAUACGACAAAAAAAGGUUUAAAUAGUGAUGAAAAUUUUGUUCAUCGACCAGCAAUAAACUUAACAGAAAAAAAACGAACAGAACAAGUUACAGAAAAACUUAGUGUACAUAGAGAAAAACGCAAGUUACAAGAAAAAUUUCUUUCAACACCAAUUAUAGCAUCUGAACCAGUUGAAUCAGCCACAUCAUGGGUUGAAAAAAUGCGUCAGAUGGGAGAAGAAAAACGUAAAGCAGCUGAACGUGCUAAAUUACUGGAACAAAUGGAUGAAGAAUUUGGUGUUAGUAACGUAAUACAUGAAGAAUCGGAGAAACAAAAACAAAAGAGAUAUACAUCAAAAAAUUUGUCUGGUCUUCGUGUUGAACAUUCAAUUGAAGAAUUUAAAGAAGGACAACAAGUUAUUUUAACAUUAAAAGAUAAAAAAAUUAUAAAUGAUAAAAAAGACGAUGAAGAUGAUGAUAAUGAUAAUGAUGAAGAUGUUUUAAUUAAUGUUAAUAUUGCUGAUAAUGAAACAGCAAAAGAACGUGCUGAAUUAGCAAAAAAGAAAACACCUGGUUAUCGAGCAUACAAUGAGGAUGAAACAGUAGAUCAAUUUGGAAUGCUCAAUCCAAAUAAAUUACUUGAACAAUAUGAUGACAAAAAGAAAUCAUCUUUUCGACUUGAAUCCGAUGGUGCUUAUGAUAUGUCUGAUGAAAAGGUCAUGGAUGCAAUGAAACAAGAAAUUCGAGCACGAAUGCAAAGUUUAGCAGUACCAACACCAAAAGUAGCUAGUGAAUUUUAUACAGCUGCUGAACUGGAACAAUUCAAAAAACCAAAAAAGGUAACUAAGAAUAAACUUCGAUCACGGAAAAUGCUAAAGGCUGACGACCUACUAGCAAUGGAUAGUAGUGAACCACGAGAAUCAUCAUCAACAACAACAUCGGUAUCUUUACGUCCGGCUGAAACACGUCGACCCACUGCUAUCGUAUCGACAUCAAAAGAGCGUCCGGCUACUAUUUCUCUUGAUAAAGUCAAACGAAAAAUUAUAACAACAACUGCAACAGAAGAUGAGGAUAUGGUGGGUCCUGAUAAUGAUCUUUCCAAUUUUGCUGUUGAAGAUGAUGCAUACGAUGAACUUCAAACUGUCAUUAAUAAAACAAUGAAGCUCAAAACAAAGAAAGACAGUAUUUCAGCUGAAAAGGCGUUAAGCGAAUUAAUCGAAGAACGUGAUCGUAAAUUAAAAGUUGAAAUUAAAUCUGAACCUAUGGAAGUUGGUAUCAUUGUUCCGCCAAGUACUAUUCCUCCUGACGAUAAGAGUCUUGUACUUGAUACAAUGUCUGAAUUUUGUCGUAAUGUUGGUGAAAAUACGAUUGAUACACCAUCAGCUGUACCAAAAUUACGAACAUCAGCAAAAAUAAAACGUGCUAAUGUUCAAGCAAGUAAAAAAUCAUCAUCAAAAACAAAUGUAGCAUUAGAUCCUGAUGAUGAAUUAUUACAACAUGCACUUGAAAAUGAAGAUCUUGAUGAUGAUGUUAUGGAUGAUACACCAGCUGAAGAUGUUAAUACAAAACCCUUUCGUCUUGAAGAAUCAAUUUUACCUGAUGAACCAACACUUGAUCGUGGUCUUGGUAGUGCACUUCGACUUGCUUUGCAAAAAGGAUACAUUGAACAAGAAAAAACUCGUCAAAAUGCUCGUUUUGUUAGUGAUAUUUCAGCUAAACAUUAUACAAUUGAAGAGAAAAAUUCUUAUGAAAUUGACGAUAAACAUGCUCGACGAGAUCGUUAUACAUCUGGACCAUUAACUGAUUUCAAAGAAAAAGAACAUUAUCGUCCUGAUGUUAAACUUGAAUAUGUUGAUGAAGGUGGUCGACGUAUAAAUGAAAAAGAAGCAUUUCGUUUACUUUCACAUCGUUUCCAUGGUAAAGGUAGUGGUAAAAAGAAGACUGAAAAACGAGCUAAAAAAUUAAUCGAAGAAGAGAUGAUGAAAAAAAUGUCAAGUGUUGAUACUCCAUUACAAACAUGUAAUUUAUUAAAACAAAAACAAAUUCAAUUACAACAACCAUAUAUCGUUUUAAGUACUAAUCGAUCUAAAGAUUCUCAACUUCCACCUGGAAAUGUUAUGAGCCAGUCUAUUAUUGUGCCUCCUGUUCAUGAUACGUCACCGCCACCAUUUGACGAUGAUGUGGAUGAAAAUGAUCUGAUUCCAACUAUACAAAAUGAUGGAUUCUUAUCAUCGGCUUCUUCCGAUGUAUUGAAUAAUAGUAAUGAUGAUUGGAAAUCAAUAGAUAAUAAUAAUGAUACUGAAAUCGCUCAAAUUCAAGAUGAUAAAUCAAUAGUUAAUGAUGAAAAUAUUUUACCGAAUAAUCAUAUAAUAAAUGAUGAAAAUAUUUUACCGAAUAAUCAUAUAAUAAAUGAAGAAAAUAUUUUACCGAAUAAUAAUAUAAUAAAUGAAGAAAAUUUACAAGAAGAAAAAACCAAUGAUGUUUGGACUUUUCCUGAAACAACAUCAACCAACAUUGAAGAAAAUACUGAAAAUGGUUGGGCUGAUUUUGAAUCCAAUACAGUGCCAGUCUUUGAAUCACCAAUACCAUCAACCACUGAUGAACCAACCACUAAAGAAACAGCAGAAGAAGAUGAUGAUUUCGGUGAAUUUAGUGAAGUACAAGUUGCUCCAAAACCUCAAGCAUCCACUGUAUCAACUAAUAUUUUAAGUACUGAACAAAUUGAAUCUUUAAUCUCGGUAUGUUUUCCUGUAGAAUCUUUAACAUCAUCGACAAAUGAUGAUUCUUUAAUAUCUACUGACUUACCUUCUUUUACUACUUAUAAAAACCCAACAAAACAAAUAUUAUGUCUUGAAUCUAGUCUAUCUUUAUGGGAUACUUUAUCAAAUAUAUCAAAUGAUCCAAUAGGAAUUAAAUUUCAAUGGCGUAAAUCUAAUACAGAACGUAUAUUUCAUCAAGCAUUAGGAGUUAAUGAACGUUUUCGUACAAAAAGUGUUCCAUUAACACCAGAAGUUUUACAACCAGAAAAACUCAAACAAAAUACUUCAACAAAUAACGAAUCAGAACACAUUGAUAAUGAAAAUAAAUUAUCAACUGAAACUAUUCGUCCACAUUUUGAUUGGAAACAAAGUGGCUUAGAAAAUCCACUUACAGAAAAAAAAAUCGAUUAUCCAUAUAUAUUAGAUAAUGAUAGUCCAUGUAAUUCGUCGAAUAUCAAUAAAGAUGAGGAUAAUGUUUUCGACGCAAAUAAAACACUUGAUCUGGAUUUUUAUGUUCCAACAACAAAAUCUUUCAAUGAAGACGAACAAACAACAACUCCAUCAUCUACUCAAGGAACUGAUAGUCCUAUUAUUCAACGGCAACAACAAAAACAACAAUCAAAUUCAAUACCAAUUAAAACAAUGGAUCUAUUUCCUGGCUCAACAACAAUAUUAAAUGAUGAUGCUAAACGUAUAAUUGAUAGUUUACCUAAUUUAAAUUUUAUGAGUGCCAAAGCACUGAUGUUUCCAAUACGAUUUAAUGCAAAUAAUAAUGAUGAAUCAACAACAUUGUACUAA